UUGGCCAAGCGCUAUGGUAACGUAUACAGCAUUUUCAUUGGUAAGCGACCAGCUGUGGUCAUCAACGGGCUGCAGGCUUUGAAAGAAGCCCUGGUCACCAAAGCGGCGGACUUCUCUGGCAGAUCACAAGACCUAAUGGUUAAUCAUGUUGUACUUGUGAAAGCUAAUGCUCAAGGAGUAAUUCUAGCAGAUUAUAAUGCUGCCUGGAAAGAGCAACGUCGUUUUGGUCUGAUGACCCUGAGAAACUUUGGUCUGGGGAAGCAGACGAUGGAGCAGAACAUUCUGAGAGAGACAGAUUGUAUUACACAGCUGAUCGAGCAGAGUGUUGGUAAAAUUAUGAAUCCUCAGCUGCUGUUCCACAAUGCGGCCUCCAACAUCAUUUGCCAAGUUCUUUUUGCAAGGCACUUUGACUAUGAGGAUGAGUUCAUGAAGUUUUUUGUUGGCCUUUUUCAAGAGACCUCCAAAAUAUUCAAUGGGCGCUGGGGUAUGAUCUAUGACUCUAUUCCAAUUGUGCGGAACCUGCCACUGCCCUUCCGGAAGGCAUUUGAGUUGUUUAAGGUCGCACAUGAGAGACGUUUGGUGAUGGUGGCUGAGAACAAAAAGACCAGAAUUCCUGGUAAACCGCGGCAUUUCAUAGACGCUUACCUGGAUGAACUGGAUAAGAGAGGAGACGAUGGCUCGUCAUUUUCUGAGGACCAGCUUUGUGCAUUUAUUUUGGAUCUGCACUUUGCUGGGACAGACACGACUGCCAACACCCUGCUGACUGCCUUCCUCUACCUAAUGAAUUAUCCCAAGAUACAGG